ACGCUUUGUUUUAUCCUCCUGUUUCUCUGGCCACUCACUUCGUCUACAGCUGUAGACACAUUGUGCAGUACAUACAAGUGUAGCCUACUGAAUACAAACAACUGUAUAGAAGUAGCUACAUGUACUGUUGUACAAAUGUCUUAACUAUCAGUUAAGUACAGAGUGGAAAUCUCAAAUAUUAAACCGAAUUCCUGUAAAUUCUUCCACUUUGUGUUUGAAACUGCUCGAAAAAUGUAUGUCAUAAUUUGGCUAAAAAUAACUGGGGACUUUGGAUUGUUGUGGAACCAUGACGCAUCAACAUGUUCGAGGUUUCUGCUCUCCGAUGCUUUUCAUCUGACGUUUUUCUUUAAUUUUGCUCGUAUUCACGCACGGAUCUGUGGCUCAUGGUUUCCAGCAGUGAGUCUAAACAGUCAUUGAAGUUCGGAAGCGCACCGAGCACAAAGUGUUUAUACAGUAACCAACCGUGAUGAAGCAGUGGAGGCACAUCUGACAGGAUUUCAGCUCGGGAUGAAUCAUUUAUUGAUUUGUCUCCAACUGUUGUUGAUGGAGAGACGCUUGUUUCGGGGAUAACAGAGGACCCACCUACAGGAACAGACUCCUCGGUGGAAAGGUGUCUCCUCCCUCCUCUUCUCUCUGUCAUUUUGCACGGUUUGCACGAGGACAUCCGCAGCCAGCAGAGCGCACAUUUAAGUCUCUUUUCUCUGAUUACCAACUGAGAGCUGGGAAUUAAGCACGGUUUGCGCCACUUUUACACCGUUUCUCCUCAUUUUCAAUGGGACCACACGACUGAGGCCAUUCUGCUGCAUCUAAUUAACCCAGAGCCGCAGCUAUGGACUGUUGCGCAUUUAGUUCGGUGCGUCUGUUCUUCUCUCGGCAUUUGCGCAUCGCGCUGCUGUGGACCGUGCAAUUAUUAGCGUUUGCGCAACAUGCUCCAGAGUGCUUCCCAGGAGGUCAUCAGACUUUGCGUAAUCCAUAUCGCAGUGUUGACUUUGACUCCACAGAGAUCCAGAACACAGCCAUCCAGGACCUGAUCUGUGACCACUCGCUGCUGCCCGGCUGGUACAGAUUCAGGAUCACCAACAAACCAGCAGAGAUGCCGACCUCCUGCGUUGAGAUGAACCGCUGUGGUACACAGGCUCCGGUGUGGCUGUCACUGAAGGAGCCACAGCCUGGCGAGGUGCGCCAGCUUUCUGCCUGUGCCACCUGGCAGUUCUUCCAUGGCAGUGCCAAGGACUGCUGCCUCUUUCGCAUCCCCGUCACAGUGCGGAACUGUGGCGAGUUCCUGCUCUACUACUUGCAGCCCACGCAGGGGUGCAUGGGCUACUGUGCCAAAGUCACUCCUGAUUUGGGACCAGAACACUGCCCACCAGGUGAGACCAAAGUCAACGGCCGAUGCAAAGCUGCAGUUCCGUCUUUGCCAUCUCGGCCAGUGAUCAUCCCGGAGCUGGUUGGCCACAGCAUCCAUCUGAGGUGUACUUUCAUCUUGCUGCCGUGGAGCCAGCCGCUAGCAUUCCAGGUGGUUUGGGCCAGACACGUCAGCCAGAACAUGAAGGCUGAGAUCAGGCGGGAGUCCACACUGAAGCCCUUCUCUCUGGUGGAGAUGGAUGGUGUUCACUUCCGACUCGGAGAAACGUUCUCCUGCAGCGUGUCAACGUUCAUAGCCAACUCCAGCCACAUCAAAUCAACCCCAAAAGAAAGUGAGAGUUUCUAUGCUGGGCUGAAGUUUUCUCCAGACUCACUCCACAUAGCAGAGAAUGGUAAGGAGCAUGAGGUAACCAUCCACAGCACAGUGCCCAUCCCCUGCUACAACCACAGCCACGGCCACCGUUGUGGACUUCCUCUGGCUCUGAGCAUCCAUGACCCAGACAGUCUCGGACAAGAGGCCUUAAAUGUGGCACUGUCCACCUGCGAGGUGGAGCUCCAGCCGAGCGGCUGUAACGCUGGCAGCUGCGGUCAGGUGACAUUUUUCGUUACUGCUGUCACUGAUUUCACACGUGAUGGGAACCGUCUGAGCCUGGUUGAGGCCCUGUCUGGACCCAGCGCACCACGAGUCUGGAGAAGCUACAUCCCAACAUCCCUUAAAGUCACCGUCCAGGAUGUUCCCACUUCCAUCUGCUACUCUCUGACCGACCCACAUAUCAUUACACUCGACGGCAGGCGUUAUGACAAUCACCAGACUGGUACCUUCAUCCUUUAUCGGAGCCUCACCAGAGAAUUUGAGGUUCACUCUCGUCAAUGGGACUGCGGCAGUCGACACUAUGCUGUUGCCUGCAACUGUGGCGUUGCGGUUCGAGAAGGAAACGAGGUUGGCAUUUUUGACAUGUGCAAUGGUCAGCUGCAGGAAACCAGGCCACAGCUUCGCCUAAAGAACCUUGGCAAUGAGGAGGGCACUCGGGUCAGGGUGCUGGAGUCCCACCAGGGGAAGAAGGUCACUUUGAUAUUUCCCUCCGGGGCCUUUGUUAGGGCCGAUGUCAAUGACUGGGGAAUGAGCCUGUCUGUCCGGGCGCCCAGCGUUGACUACAGCAACACACAAGGCCUCUGUGGCACCUUUGACCGCAAUGGCAACAACGACUUCUACAGCUCUGAUGGUGACCCCUAUGGCCCCAGUGACCUGCAUCACUUCAUUGAGGACUGGAGGGUAGCUCCUGGUCAGAGUUUAUUUGACAAGACACCUCCUGGGACAGUGCAGGAGGUCAGGAAGCCUUUCUGUCAGUGCCAGAAAGAGUAUAGAACUUCCCAUCACAAGGACAGAAGGAUGAGGACGCUGUACAAUCCCUCUGCUUACUCUGAAUGCACAGCAUACAAUAAUGUGGAUUACACAUCUGUGUUCCCCUCUAUUGACACAACAGUGGAAUACCUCAAUAGUCCAGAAAGAGAAGAAAGCAUCCUGGAUAUGUCUGCCUAUCACAGUCACCCUCUGGAGAGGACGCAUAUUCAUUUUCAUAGCAAAAACAAUCAAAACAGUGGCGACUAUAAACUGGACACUGAGUUCAGGGAAGAUUCCCUGCUGUCUAUUGACAGAUCGAGGAGACAGGUAUCAUUUGAAUUCCAGCCUGUUUUCACUGCUCAGAGCCUUAGCCAGGCUCAUCUGGGGAACUUUGCUUACUUCUUCUCAGAGGAUCACCUGGCAGAAGCCCGACCCGAGGUGCAACCACAGUGGCCCACGCCGAGCGGCCUGACCUCGGCCAAAGCUCUGGAGGUGUGCCAGAUGGCUUUGGUCAACUCCACUGUUGGUGAAGUGUGCCAGGAGCUGCUGGGACGCCGCCUGGACGAGGCAGUGGAUCUCUGCAUCCUGGACCUGCAGCUCAAAGAUGACCUGGGCUGGGAGGAUGCGCUACUGCCAUACCUGCAGAAUGAAUGUGAGAGAAGGCUAUUAGAGAACAGAACCCAGAGGGCCCUGGAGGUCGCUGAUCCACCAGAAGUAUCUGGGAAAGUUGUGAUGGCGCUGCGCUGCCCCAACUUUUGCAAUGGAAAUGGAGAGUGUACAGAAUGGGGCUGCCAGUGUUAUCCCAGCUACAGCUUCUACGACUGCAGCCUGGCCAUCAACCAGCCAGUAGAGCUAACAGAUUUGGAGAAUGGAGGACUUUGUGACAUUCAAGGCUUCGACUGUCGCAGCGUCCGGGUCUUUGGCCUUGGCUUCAUCGACUCUCCCAACCUGAGCUGCCAUGCUACCAGACUGAAGUACAUGAACGGAGUUUGGGUUCCAGGGGAAAAACAGAGAACAAAAGCCACGUUCCUCAGCUCCAGAGCUUUAGACUGCACCAUCCCACCCCUAAGCAACACAGCCAUCAGCACAGAAGACUUCAUGAUGGAUGACAAACCGUAUGCACGCUGGGAGAUUACAGUGACCAAUGAUGGCUCCCAGUACAGCCAGCCCAAGGUGCUGACAAUCUAUGAUGGGGUUUGCCAGGUCUGCGAGGCGUCACGCUCAGGACUCUGUAAGUUAAAGGAGCAGACAUGUAACAUCGAAGGGAUGUGUUUUGCAGAAGGAGACUCCAAUCCCAGCAGCCCUUGCCUCCUCUGUGACCCGGACACCUCCAAAUUCACCUGGUCUGUGAACCAAGUCAACGAGCCGCCAACCUUCCAUCGACCUCAAAGCAAUCUGCGGACAUUUGUCAGGGAGAACUUUGUUUUCCAGUUUGCAGCAUCAGACCCCGAGGGCUCGGCACUCCUCUUCCAGCUGGAGGACGGGCCAGAGGGGGCCGUCCUCUCCCCAGCUGGCCUCCUCAUCUGGAGGGUGCCAUUGCUUCCUGAGGACGAGGGACGUCAAACAAGCCAAUCCUUCCGCUUCACACUGUCCGAUGAGUGCAACGCCCAGAGCACUUUCACUGUAGAGGUUGAUGUGGUGCCAUGUGGCUGUCAGAAUGGAGGCACGUGUGUGACAGAUGUCAACUUCCCUGCUGGCAGUGGGAACUACCUGUGUGUGUGUCCUGAGGGUACGCAGGGGAAACGCUGCACUGAAAAUGUAGACAACUGUUUGUCAGAUCCAUGCGCAGUCGGGAAGUGCGUCAGUACAGCCAGUGGAUACAGAUGCGAGUGUCCUGCAGGGCUGAGAGGGUUAACAUGCCUGGAAGAUAUCAAUGAGUGUGAAAAGAAGCCCUGUUUCCCAGGAGUCCAGUGCUUCAAUAACUUUGGCUCUUAUAGCUGUGGCCCCUGCCCCAAAGGCAUGCUGGGAAAUGGGACAACAUGUAUGGCAGUUGUCAGGCCAGCCACCAUCACUUCCACAUCUGUUCCUUGUACAACUGUCUACAAGAUACCAGAUGUUCUGCUGCAACCACCCAAAAUAAACACUUUCCAGAAAACCUCAAGUGGUAGCUCCUCACAGACGAGGGCCAGGGCAGGGCAGGGCCUAUCACAAACCAAGCCCACCACUUGGAGGAGGACUCCGGGUUCUAUCCUGAACCCAACCCUCACUAAAACUGAAACCAGCAUCACAGCAGUUACAUCAAGUGACACUGAUGCUUGGAGAAAACCCCAGGGAAUUAACCUCAUCACAUCCAGGACUAACACAAACUCCUUCAAGAACAUCACAGGACUGACAUCAGACCAAGUCCAAACUAAUCAGCCCAAAGUCAGCAACACUAUUGCCAAGACAUCCACGAUAGCCCAUCCAUCGGGUCAUGUCAGGCUAGCUUCAGGACUGGGUCAGCCCCUGGCUGUCAAUGUGUCGGCUACGUGCGCCAGCAGGCCCUGCUUCCCUGGGGUUCAGUGUAUCAACCGCAGGCCGCCGCAUGUCGGUUACGUCUGCGGCCGCUGCCCACCAGGCCUUUACGGAAAUGGACGCAUCUGCAUGAAGAAUGCCAAGGCAGCAUCCAAUCACCUUCUUCAGCAACAGACACAAAGCAAGACCAGCCGAUUCCCACAUGGAGGCAGCAGCAAGGCAACUCAGCUCCAUCUGCCCGAGCUGCCCCCCAGGCACAUUAUCAAACACCUAUCCUUGUCUGUCACCAGAGCAAACCGAGAUAGUGCACCACGCCAGGCCCCCACACCAGGGAGGGGAGGUGGGACCGGGAGGAGAGAGGCGGUCAUUGCAAACUCUAACAUCGCCAGCCAAAUUUACAGUCCAAGAUCAUACACCAGGACAUACAUGAGAACUAGCAUCGCUGCCUCCAGAGAGUCUGUUGCAUCCCAUGUGACAAUCUCCAAGCAGGAGGCAGCACUGGCUGGUACCACACCUCUUAAGGUAACCCCUCCAGCUCCUCACCUCUCUACUCAGUCUGGUGAGGUGACACAGUCCAGACAGACAAUCCAGCCUCAGCUCAACCGCCUGACAUCCACCCAGGCCAAACUCUGGACCCCUCCAAACCCUGCCCUCCCACUUACCGCAGCCCUCACCGCUCUGUCCUACUCACCGUUUGAGUCAGAGUUCUCCGGGGGUGGAGACGAGGCUGAACCUGGAUCCGAAGACCCAGAGACACCGCAGAUGGCCCCGGUGGUGACCUUCACCGUGGGCAAGACGAUCUACAGCCCCCCCCUCCAGAGAGCUGCCUCCAUCCAGCCAGGGCUGAGGGGUGGUACAACAGCAGGCAAACAUGUGAUGACCUGCGCUGACCGGCCUUGUUUUCCUGGAGUCCAGUGUGAACCAGCCAUAGAUGGGGGGUUCCGCUGUGGGAGGUGUCCUGUAGGAUACACUGGAGAUGGGCGAGCCUGUCGAGCUGUUUGCAGACAUACCUGUGGAGGAAACAUGGAGUGUGCCGCACCAAACACAUGCCGCUGCAAACCGGGCUACACUGGAUCUGACUGUCAGACAGCAAUCUGUGAGCCAGAGUGUAUGAACGGGGGUGUUUGCUUGGCUCCAGGCGUGUGUCAGUGUCCCAGAGGUUUUCAUGGAGAAACCUGUCAGGAAGCUCCGUGCAGGUCACCAUGUGAAAACGGAGGCAUCUGUGUGGGGCUGCAGACUUGUUCCUGUCCUUAUGGAUUUGUUGGCCCUCAAUGUGAGACCUUGGUGUGUAGCCGUCACUGUCACAAUGGAGGUCAGUGCGUGUCUUCAGACGAGUGUAAGUGUCCGUCAGGCUGGACCGGACCGUCCUGUGAGACUGCUCUCUGCUCUCCUGUAUGUCUGAACGGAGGAUCAUGUGUUCGGCCCAACACCUGCGCGUGUCCUCAUGGAUUCUAUGGAGCACAGUGUCAGAAUGCUGUCUGCAAUCCUCCCUGUAAAAAUGGUGGUGUUUGUAUGAGGAGCAACAUCUGCUCCUGUCUGCAGGGAUACACAGGGACACGCUGUGAGAAAAGUGUGUGUGAGCCCAUGUGUAUGAACGGCGGCAGGUGUGUUGGUCCAGACGUUUGCGAUUGUCCAUCAGGUUGGCCAGGAAAGAGAUGUGAUAAACCUACUUGUCUCCAGAAGUGCCUGAAUGGAGGUGAGUGCGUGGGCCCCAACAUCUGCCAGUGCACCCCUGGCUGGCAAGGCAUGCUAUGCCAGAUCCCUGUCUGUGAGCAGAAGUGUCUUUACGGCAGUCGAUGUGUCCGACCAAACAUCUGCGCCUGCCGGAGUGGAUACUCAGGUUCUGACUGUUCCAGGAGGCUCCCUAUUUCCCGCGGUUGAGACCCAAUUAGAUCAGCGAACUCUAAACAGCUGGCCUUCAGUCAGCACCAGUAAACCCUUC